GGCGGGAUACGCUCCUGCUUUCUAUUCACACGCGACGCGCAUCGCAAAUCUGAACACUCACGCUCGCGCACACACUCCUGAACAAGAUUGAAAUCGCAGAACCCUAGCGGAGAGGACAAGACAAGGGAAGAGAGCGAAGAAUUCUCCUUCUUUGAAACCUACACACAGAAAACCAGAUUCCAUCCACUUGCCCAGAAAAUUGUUUACUUUUACAUGGUUUGAGCUUCAAUUUGUCAUCUGUUUGAUGUGAUAUUUGUUUUCAUCAAGUUUUUAGGCGAUUAAGAUUGCAGCUAAGACACAUGUAUGAGAUAAGAUAAUGAGUAGAUUAUCAUUCAGGCCGCGCCCAUUAGACAUACACAAGAAGUUACCAAUUGUUAAGUCUGUGAAGGAUUUUGAAGAUGAUGAGAUUCCCACUUCUACUCGCAAUUCUCAGCUCCUCCGCAUUGCUUUCGUUGAGCCUGAAAAUGAGGUGCACCACAUCCCUACCAAGAAACUAGCUCCUGAAAUACCCACUCCUCAGUUUGUUAUCGUUGAUACUUAUGAAAGAGACUAUGCCCGCACUUUCGCUCAACCCACAUCCUAUCUACGUGCGAGGGGAGCUAGAGCGGAACUUGGGGACUUUGUUGAAUAUGAUCUAGACAAUGAGGACGAGGAUUGGCUUCAAGACUUGAACAAAGAUAGAAAGAAUCUUUCACCUGAAAGGUUUGAAAGUUUUAUUUUCAAGUUGGAAGUUUUGGAUCAUAAAGCUCGGGAAAGAGCAGGGGUUAUAACUCCCACCCUUGGUUCACCAAUCCCUGUUUUGCUACAACUUGAUUAUGCAAUUGAGGCCCUGCAAGCUCAAGCUCAGUCCACCCGAUAUGCUGUUUUUCAGUCUGUUUUUAAUUAUUGGAAGGAAAAGCGUGAAAGAUGGCAGAAGCCUAUUCUGCGGCGCUUGCAGCCUCCUCCACCAGUUAAUGACACCAACCCAUAUAAUGUGUUCAGGCCAAGGGAGAAAGCUCACAGACUGCACACGAGAAGGAUGCAGAGGAGGGAAAAUAAUGUGCAGUCAUUUGAAAAGCUUCGCCAGGUGAGGCGAAACCUUGAGCAAGCUAAAACAAUACUUGAGGCUUUGAUUAAGCGGGAGGAGAAAAAAAGAGAGGCUAUGGAGAGUGAAGUGAGCCUCCAAAGGAUCCAAAUGAAGUACAAGGUAUGUUUAUGUUGUAUUAUCCAAAUGAAGAACAAGCAUGAAACUGAGCUCCUCGAAGACAGCUUGGCUCUUCCUGGAUUCGCAUCUCUGUCUUCCAAGUUUGCUUCAAGCGAAGAUGAAUUUGUGGACUCAGAUGAUCUAGCAAACAGCCGUCCACGUGCUCAACCUGCUGCAGCUCAAAAUCCUCCUUUAACUGAUGCUAUCCGUACAGGGCCUGCAGGAAGCAUGAAGCAAGAGUUUAGGCGGCGGCAUACACCAUAUAAUUGGCUUAAUAAAAUGGAUCCUCUUGAGCCAGUUCUGUUGUUCACAAAGCCUCUUGUUCCUGAAAAGUUGGCAGCCUCAGGUAUAGUACCACCAGUAGAUUCAUCAAAGAAUUGUUCAUCUGCUGCUCCUUACAGAUUUCAUGGAAGGAUAGGCCGAGGGGGACGGAUUGUAUUUGAUAGAAGGAACCCAUUUUUGCAAACUUCAAUAGACGUUGGUAACUCUUUUUAUUUGCCACCAAGGCCCCGCCCUUCGGUGUAUAAUUAAUAUUAUUACUUGCAUUAACUUGCUGCUGUGGCUGAUGAUACUCUGGAAAUAGGUUCAGAUGAUAUUUAUUGUAAUUAUGCAAUGUAAAUCAAGGAAUUUUUUAGGAAUUGCAAUUGCUAUUGAAGGGCUGUGGCAGCGAAGCCACAAAGUCACUUCUCAUGUAAACCAAAUUUUCCUUCGCUUAUGAAUGUCAGAAAAGAGCAUGCUUGUUCUUUCUCCUUUA